UCAAAAAAUUUUCAACUUUUCAAUUACUUUUAUUAUACUUUUUUCCUUUCAAGCAUUAAGCAAAUUUUGUUUUAAUAAUGCGUCUUACUCUGCUUACUCUCCAAGUGCUCGCCACUACCGCGCUCACUGCCCCGCUUUUGCUCAAGAGACAGCAAAUUGCAGCGCACAUUCCCUCCAAAAUAUCCACCACACCCCCCAAUGUCAACAACGGCGUGCAAAGCUCAAACUCGAUUGUCACGGGCUCUGACACAGGUGGAAAAACUGUCACCGGCACUACAGAGUCCUUAAGCAAAAAUGUUCAACUAGUGGAUACCAGCGAUAAUUCUGUUACUGGUGUUGAUGAAAUGUCGAUGGAGGGUGUUAUCAAUAGGUUUGGCGACUUUAGUGGAUUUUUCCAGGAAU